ACGCAGGGAUGGAGCCGGAAGAGGGUGCGCCCUUGCGGCGGCUGCAGAAGCUGCCCCCUGAGCUGGGCGCGCAGACACAGAUCUCCGGGUCGCUCCCUGGAUACCUGGCUCUACUUGGUGCUGAGUUUCUUCACAAAGUCAUUGAUGGCAUCUGUGGCCGGGCUUAUCCUGUGUAUCAGGAUUAUCACAGUGUUUGGAAUUCAACAGAAUGGAAGCAUGUUGUGGAAGAUGUUGCCAAGUUUUUCAAAGCUGUAGUUGGUAAAAAUUUAUCCCAUGAAGAGACACUUCAGCAAUUGAAUCAGCUGAAUUCAUUGCAUCAAGAAGCUAUCAUGAAAUGCCUGAAAAGUAGGAAAGAUGAAAUCAAGCAGACUCUGUUGGGAGAAAUAGUUGAUAUUUCUUCUGCACAGCUACAGGAUUUUGAUUGGCAGUUAAAGCUUGCACUUUCUAGUGACAAGAUUGCUACUUUACAAAUGCCACUUUUAAGCCUUCAUCUAGAUGUAAAAGAAAAUGGUGAAGUAAAACCUUACUCUGUGGAAAUGAGUAAAGAAGAACUCCAGAAUCUAAUAAAUUCCUUGGAAGCAGCUAAUAAGGUGGUCCUGCAGUUGAAAUAACCAGAAAUUAUGAAUAGCAGUGCUCUCAGAUUUCCCUGCUAUGAAGGAGAUGGUAGAGUGAACACUGUAUGUCAGAAGCCCUGCCACGGUUGACUGCUACCCCAGGCUGAGAAAGCAGCAGUGUCAAGAUUACAAAGAUGACAAUCUAUCAGUGUCCCUAAAGAACAGGAAAUUAUGUGGUUGGUAGGAACUGCAUAAAAUGAAAGAUAAAAAAGCUAUAGUAGCAGUUUAUAUUUUCUUAAUGGUUGUUUUUGUCUUCAUUUAUUAAAUAUGUAAGAAAUCUUUGUAAACAAUUUUAUUGAAAGCCAAAAAUGUGUCCUAAAGUAAUGUAAACAAGCAAAGCACAAAUAUACUUGAAUUUUGCUUAAAUAAUUAUGUGAAUAGCAAGGACGUGUAUUACAGAUAUAUAACUAAUUUGUGAUAUUUAGAAAUAACUUUUUUUAAAGAAUGUAUAAGCUGCAUAUAUAACUCAGGAGAUUCCAUAUCUUUCUCAUAUUUCAAAGAAAUGAUUGUAAAAUGUAAAAUUUUGUAGAGAAAACUCUUUGUUAGACAAGAAUAGGAAAAAAAAUCUAAAUUUGUGUGAACAAUUUUGAAUUGAUGAAGUGUGGUAUGUAAAAUCUAUAACAUGGAAAAAUGAAAAUAUUUUUGUUCCUGCAUUUCCAUGUGUGAUGGGGAGACUAUGCUGUGAUAAGAAGAGUAGAUGCCACCAUAUAGUGUGUGUAUUGUUAUUCAAAUGUCAGGUAAGACUAUCUGCAGGUCCAUUUUUGUUACAGAUUCUUAACAUUGAGUUUAACACUUUCAGAUGUUAACAGAUUCAUCGCUAAACAAAACCAUUUUUAACCUCAGCUGACUAAAGAUAAACAUGAGCAAAUAAAAGUGUCAUGUUUCAUUUUUGACUAUCACUUUAUUUCAAAUGACUUUCCGCAUAAAUCAGGAGUCAGUAAUGUAUAACUAAUUGAUGCCUGUGAUUUGCACACUUUAAGGACUGCUAAAGCAUCAGACUGUUCUUUGAGAUGUCUAGAGCAAUUUUUGCUGUUUUCAUACAGGUGAGGGUAGGCUGAGAGUUUUAUAAGUGCCUGACUGGUCUAAACAGUGCUACUUACAGUGCGUCUGCUCUAAUGCUGCUGUGUGAACUAUUUCAGAGGUACUCAGGCCACAGUGUUCUUCAACAUACUACUUCAUCAGUGACUUUUGAUUGAGAAAAAUGUAUCAACUGAAGUAAAUAGUUGCUUAGUGUGGCUGUCGAUUUACUACUUGUGUCCUUGUGGGUCAAUACCAUGUUGCAAAUCAACACAUCAAGUAGCACUGAUUUUGAAAUCUCUUUGAAGCAGCCUUCCAGGCAAACUCUUUUUCACAGGAAAAAUCUCUUGCUCUCUAGUGCCCCGCUAUCAUUCCAUUAACCUGAUUAACAGCUUAAUUGAAAUACAAUCGGCAUACUGCAUAAUGCACUUAUUCAAAGUGUGCAAUGCGAUGUUUGAUGUACAGAUACUCAUGAAAGCAUCACCGUUAAAAUAGUGAACAUUUUUGCCUCCUCUGUAGCCUCUGUCCCUGCAUCAUUUCCCUACGUAGCCAUUAUCUGUUUCCUGUCACCACGGGUUAGUCACAUCUUCAAAAGUUCAGUGUAAAUGGGAUCAUACAGUAUCUAUUUUUUUGUUUAUUUAGGUGCUGGGACUUGAACCCAAACCUUGUGCAUGUCCUCUGCCACUGAGCUUAGUCUGUAUUCUUUAAAACACAAUGACUUCUUUCACUCAUUUUGAGUUUUGUCCUUGUUGCAUAUACUAAUAGUUCAUUUUCAUUGUGGAGACGUAUUCUAAGAGUUCUGUCACAUUUUGUUUAUCUGUUUACCUGUUGAUAGAUGUUUUGGUUUUGUUUCAAGUUUCUGGCUAUUACAGUACACAAUAUUGUGAAUGUGUACACACAUCAAAAAUGUGUGGACAUGAUUUCUUUUGAGUAAAUACUUUGGAAUGAAAUGGUGUGUCACAUGGUAGGUUUAUGUUUAUCUUAAGAUAUGGUGACAAAUUUUUUCAAAGUGCUUUUACAUUUUAUAUUCCCACCACAAUGUAUGAAAGUUCCUAUUUCAUCUUGACAACACUUGGUAUGACCAGUCUUUGUGAUUUCAGCUAUCCUAAUGUGUGUGUAGUGCUAUUCACUAUGGUUUUAACACUCAUUUCUCUAAUGACUAACGAUGUUGAGCAUCUUUUAACAUGCUCAUUGCCAUCAAAGCGUCUUAUUGCAGCAAGGUGUCUGCUCAGGUCUGUUGCCCAUUUUUAUUUGGGUUCUUUGUUUACUUAGUAUGGGUUUGAGAGUUUUUAUUUUCUAAAUGCAAGACCUUUAUUAGAUGCAUGCCUUGGCACAUAUUUUCUUCCAGUCUUGAGGUUUUUCCUUCUUUUUCCCCUGUAAAUAUACCCUACUUAUUUUGAAAAAUUUUAGAUUUACAGAAAGACUAAGGAGAUGGUGUACAGAGUUCCUGUAUUCCCCAAACCCAUUUCCUCCAUUAACUCCUUAACAUUGGUAUAGUACCUUUGUUAUAAUUAAUGAACUAACAAUAUAUUAAAUAAAUUCAAAACUUUAUUCCGAUUUCCUGAGGUUUUACCAAAUGUCUUUUUUUA